UGAAAAAAAGAAAUAUUCAAUCGAUUGGUUGAAAAGAAGGGGUGAACGAAGCGUCGCCGACUUCAUCGCAAUCAUAUGUGUUUCGACGCUCAAAGAGAUGAUCUGCGCAAAGGACAAGUACUUCAGUCUCAAUCGAAUUCUUUUGCUUACGGUUGGCUUGUGGCCUCAUACAAAAUCCAAAUUUCUACAAUUGCAAUUAGUUUUGCAAUAUGGAAUUCUAGGAAGCUUUAUAGUAUUUCAGGUAAUACUUUUUAGUAGUUUAUUUAAAGAAAUAGUCUUAUUCAUUAAUAAUAAUAAGUUUUAAUUUAGGUAUAAUUAUAAUACACGUUAUAAAGUAUCCUUGUUAUAAAAUUAUUGUAACGUAUAAUUACAUUUGCGCUUUUCAUUAAAAAAAUUGUGCAUAGAAAGACAAUUAAUAAUUCAAAUUUUUUAAUUUGUCGACGACAUACUUUUUGUUACUUUUAUUAAAAUGUUAACAAAAUGAUUUCCCUUAGUUAACAGCAUUUGCGACUUCAAAAUGCGAUGUGCUAUUAGUCAUUGAAGUUCUUUCUGUCACAGCCUUCUAUUUCAACUUUGUGUUGACAUACCUCUCGUUCAAUUGUAACAUGGAUGUUGUGAAACAUUUAUUAGAACACUUUCAACAUACCUAUGACGAGUUAAGAGAUGAAUAUGAAGUUGCCAUUAUAGAAAAGUAUUGGGGUUUUUCAAAACGUUUUACUGAAGGACUUACGUUGCUAGUUAUCUUCAACAUGAUUUGUUUUCUUCUUAACCCAUUUGUGCCAUACAUAUUCGAUAUUGCAUUGUCUGCAAACAAGUCUCGGCCACAUCCAUCCGUACAUAUCAUCACAGAGUACUUCAUCGAUCAAGAAAAAUAUUUUUACUUAAUUAUACUACAUGCAGAUGUAGCAUUCUGCGUAGGAGCGCUUGCAAUGCUAGCAACGGGAACAACGUCACUGGCAUUUUUUCAACAUGCUUGCGGAAUGUUCAAGAUUGCUGGUUAUCGUAUGGAAAAGGCCAUUACAAUCGGUAUUAGACAAAUGAAUGGUACGAGAAAUGCGACUUUCAUUUACAAAGGAAUAAUUGUUGCCGUAGAUAUGCAUCGAAAGGCUAUAAAGAUUGUCGAAAUUUUUGCAGCUUCAUUUAAUGUAACAUUCUCCCUUUUAAUAUUUGAUGGAAUACUUUACGCAAGUCUCAAUCUUUAUCGAACUUUUCGAGAGAUGUCAUCUGGAGAUAUUAGUGAAAAGCUGUUACAAUCCAUUACAUUUAUCGGUGUUUAUUAUGUAUACACAUUCCUUGCCAAUUAUGGUGCGCAACAAGUUACGGAUCACAGCAAUAGUAUGUUUAUUACAGUGUACAACGUUCAAUGGUAUCUAGCUCCUUUACAUACACAGAAACUUAUAUUGUUCAUGUUACAAAGGGGCACUAAAAUUUUGAACAUAAAGAUUGGUGGAUUAUUUGUAGGGUCUUUAGAAGGCUUCUCUACGGUAAAAUUUAUAUCAGAAUUUAUUGGACAUAAUAUAUGUUCUGAAUGUUUGAAAAAAAUAUCUUUUAUUGCAGCUGGCCAGCGCCACAAUGUCUUACUUCACAUUUAUUUAUUAUACAAAUCAUUAAUGUGUCGAUUGUAACACUGUACAAUCUCUAGACAGAUUAAAUAGAGGUUUUAGGAAAUAAUAUUGUAACGUAUUAUACGGAUAUAUUAAACAAACAGAACGUAGAGACUUAAAUACAAUUAAAUUAAUAGAAAAGAAAAGAUGCCGAUAAUAAAAAAAAAUGUUUAAAAUUG